GUCUACUGCGGCGAUGCCGGAGUCCUCUUCGUCUUAUGAACCAGUCCCUUCUACACCUCUAGAAAGUCCAGUCGCCAGGGCACCGUCUCAUCUCCGAACGAUCCGGAGGACCCUAUUGUUCGCAGCCACUGCUGUGGUCGUUCUUUUGGCUGUGUUGAAAGCGAACGAGUGGACGAACCGUUUGGGAGAGUUACAAGCGCCGCCAGGGACAGACACCGACGCAGAAGUCGGAUUGCCCGCAGAGGACACGGAGAACACAACCGUACCAGACAUGCCUGAGCACGGAAAGUACAGCGUGGGAUACUUUGUGAAUUGGGGAAUCUAUGGGAGAAAGUAUCCGCCCACUCUGAUCCCUGCUCAGGAUUUAACCCACAUACUCUACGCCUUUGCAAACAUCAAAGCCGACACAGGCGAAGUCUUCCUGUCCGACACAUGGGCAGACCAAGAGAUCCAUUACCCGGGUGAUUCCUGGAACGACGUCGGAACCAAUCUCUACGGCAAUUUCAAAGCUCUGUACAAGUUGAAGAAGCAGCACCGACACCUCAAGGUCAUCCUUUCCAUCGGCGGUUGGACGUACUCGCCAACGUUCCAUCCCGUCGUCGUCUCCCCGCCUCUCCGAUCAAAGUUCGUAGCGUCAGCUAUACGACUCCUUGAGGACAAUGCCCUGGACGGUCUGGAUGUCGACUAUGAGUAUCCUCAGAACGAUGCGCAGGCCCGAGGCUAUGUGGAGCUUCUCAGGGAGCUUAGGGCUGGGCUAGACGCUCAUGCCGCACGUAAAGGUGCCAAUAACAGAUUCCUCCUGACGAUCGCAGCGCCUUGUGGGCCCGAUAACUACCAGAAGCUACACGUUCGCGAAAUGGAUCAAGUCCUUGAUUUCUGGAAUAUGAUGGCUUACGACUUUUCUGGGUCGUGGGACCAGAUAGCCAACCACCAGGCGAACCUCUUCGGAGGACCCAUCAGUGCUUCGCAGGCCGUGCAGUGGUAUGUCAACCAAGGCGUGCCCCGCAGCAAAAUCAUCGUCGGCAUUCCCCUCUAUGGGCGAAGCUUCAUGAACACGGAAGGCCCUGGUAAGCCCUUCCAAGGCAUAGGUCAGGGCAGCUGGGAACAAGGGGUCUACGACUAUCGCGCACUUCCCCCGCCCGGCUCGUAUCUCCUUCGUGACCAAGAGCUCGCCGCUAGCUGGUCGUACAAUUACCAGACCAAAGAGAUGAUCAGCUUUGACUCCGAAGAGGUCGGAAGGCUGAAGGGCGAGUGGAUCGCCCGGGAAGGCCUGGGCGGGAGCAUGUUCUGGGAGCUGAGCGGUGACAAGGGGACGCCGCGAGACGGCAUGGAAGGUGGUCCUGGGAAGGACCCGCAGCCUGGCCGGAGUCUGGUCGCUGUCGUGAAGGAGGCGAUGGGGGCGUUAGACCAGAGCCCGAACUGGCUGGCGUACGAGGGAAGCAAGUACGACAAUAUCCGCAAUGGCACCGCAUGAUGCGUGCACAGUCCGACCGUUGCUGUCAUGUAGGAUUAGAGGGCCCUUGGACCAUAUCGUACCACGUUAACUACUUAAUUUGUAUGUUCGCCUCCAACGAAACGGAGAUGGUGGUGGAAGCUGACGACGACGUUGAAUGCGGUUACCUCACGCUGCGAUGGCCGGGUUAUUGGGCCCCUUCCCUUCUACGAUACCUGCCAAAUGCAGAGCAUACGCUUCGGUA